GCCUCCUUGGGGGAGUUGACUUUCACUGGUCAAACACUGGCCACGUGACUCACUUUUUUUUCUUGCUCUGGAAACCUGGGCUGGCUGCAACAAGUUAAGCAGAAGACCGAAGCCGAGCUGGGUCAGGUGGCUACUCUAGCAACCCUGGGACUACAGCAACUAUGGCCUCCUGCCCAGACCCAGAUAAUAGCUGGGUGCUUGCCGGCUCAGAGAACCUGCCGGUGGAGACCCUGGGCUCAGAACCCAGGAUGGACUCAGAAUCUGAGGGAGUCCCCCAGGUACCUCAGGCCCCCUCCAAGGCAGAUGGUGAAGAAUUAGCUAGGACCUUGGAUGGAGAAGGGACCCUCUUCCAGACAGAAAGCUACCAGAAUGAAAGCACCAUUCUGCCAGAGAGGAUCAAGGCUAAGGUAUGUCCACAUCAGGGCACUCUGGGAGAUGAUGGUCCUGGUGUGGAGCCCCCUGAAGGAGACACAGUGGUCCAGGAAGAUUUGCAGAAGACUACUGUUGUGACAAGCCUGGGACCAGACACACAAGACCUGGAGGAUGACAGCCCUCCACAGAAUCUCCCCUCAAGUCCCAAAGCAGUUUGUAUCAGGGAAGAAGGCCGCUGCUCUAGCAGUGAAGAUGACACCGAUGUUGAUGUGGAGGGUUUGCGGAGACGGCGGGGCCGAGAGCCCAGCCUACCCCAAUCCAUAACACCUGUGGCUAUGGAUGAACAGGAGAAGGGCGAGGGUGUGAUCGGAGAGCUGGGGAUCUCCCUCAACAUGUGCCUCUUAGGGGCCCUCAUUCUGCUGGGCCUGGGGAUCCUUCUGUUCUCUGGGCCCAUAGAGGAAGCAGAGCUGCAGGUCUACCCAGAUACUGGGUCAGAGACUGAGAUGGUGGAUGCUGUGGGGAACAGGCAGGAUGCGGUAAAGGAGCAGCUUCAGGCUUCGGUGCCCCCCGACAGUAUCCCCAGUCUACAGAGCAUGGGCCUUCUGUUGGAUAAGCUGGCCAAGGAGAACCAGGACAUCCGUCUCCUACAGGCCCAGCUGCAGGCCCAGAAAGAAGAGCUUCAGAGCUUGAUACACCAGCCCAAAGGGCUGGAGGAGGAGAAUACCCAGCUCCGUAAAGCCCUGCAGCAGGGUGAGACAUCCCAGCGGGCCCUGGAGUCAGAGCUGCAGCAGCUGAGAGCCCGGCUCCAGGGGCUAGAGGCUGACUGUGUCCGGGGCACAGAUGGGGUGUGUCUCACCUGGGGCAGAGGUCCACAGGGUGACAAGGCCACCAUGGAGCAAGGCCACAGGAGCCAGGAGCCAGACCCCAGCUUACUGGAGCAGCAAAAGCAGCUGGAGGCUGAGGCCCAGGCCCUAAGGCAGGAGCUACAGAGGCAGCGGCGCCUGCUGGGAUCUGUGCAACAGGACUUGCAGAGGGGCUUGCAGGAUGCUGGCCAAGGAGCGCCUGCGCUUGCUGGCCUGGCUGAGCUUGGUCAUAGGUUGGCCCAGACACUGCAGGGCCUAGAGAUCUGGGGCCAGGACUCUGGCAUUGCUGCCAAUGCCUCAGAGGCCUGGCAUCAAAAGCCCCACUUCCAGAAUUCCAGGGAGUGGAGUGAAAAGGAGAAGUGGCGAGAUGGGCAGAGGAACCAGAAGGUUGAGCACUGGAAGCAUAGGAAGGAGGAAUCUGGCUGGGAGAGGAAGAAGAGCUGGAGGGAUGAGGACAAGGAACUGGCAGGGACAUGGAAGGAGGGCAAGGCACAGACAGGAGAAUGGGGGAACAGAAAGGAUAGCAAGCAACAAGACCUCAAGGUACCCCCUAGGAAAAGUGGGAACCCCCACUCUGGAGAGAGGCAGAAGCGUUCUCGGGGGAGAGAGGUGGCUACUGACCAGCAUGAUUCUCUGCCCUCCUGGGAGAAGCUGCUGAGGCGCAAGUACCGGGCUCCCCAGGGCUGCUCUGGUGUGGAUGAGUGUGCCCGGCAGGAGGGCCUGGCCUUCUUUGGCAUGGAGCUGGCCCCUGUACAACAACAGGAACUGGCUUCUCUGCUGAGAACAUACUUGGCACGGCUUCCCUGGGCUGGGCAGCUGACCAAGGAGCUGCCCCUCUCACGUUCUUACUUUGGAGAGGAUGGCAUCUUCAGACAUGACCGCCUCCGCUUCCGCGAUUUUGUGGACGCUCUAGAGGACAGCUUAGAGGAGGUGGCACUGAGACAGAUGGGUGAUGAUGAUGAGGUGGAUGACUUUGAGGACUUCAUCUUCAGUCACUUCUUUGGAGACAAAGCACUGAAGCAGAGGUCAGGGAAGAAGGACAAGCACUUGCGGAGCCCUAGAGUUGUGGGACCCAGGGAGGAGCACAGCCGCCAUGCCCACCACUACCGUGGCUGAGCCCUGCCCCUGCCAGGCAUGGCAUCCAGCUCAAGAUCUCCAGUAUCAUGUGAUCCUCUCUUGGCUUUUAGUGUCCUUCAAUGUAUUUCCUAGAAGACAGCAAAAGCACCCAGCCCUGCACUGAUACCACAUUUGUUAGAAUAAGGCCUGAGUUGAUUCUACAGAGCUGUUUAUACAAAUGUAUGCAAAUAAUCAGGCCCCUGGGUGGAGCCUGCACUGACUUGUGCCUGUGUGCAAGGGCCUGGAGGACAGCUUGUUGGGGAGUACAUUCUUAUCCUGAAGCCAAAGAGCUGUCCCUCCUCCCUGGUGGCUGCCCCCAGCUCCACAGUAUGGCCUGCACCCCUCGGGACUGGGGCUGCCAGUUGGGGGUCCAGAGGGACUAACUGAGGUUCUGUUAGCUUUGGAAGCAGCUGCCUCCAGGGAUCAAGUCCCUUUCUAACCCUUCUCACAUGGCUUUCCUCCUGUGUAAACUGUAGAUCAGGGCAGGAUUCUGCCACUUGGAGUGUUUGCUAAGCACAGGGUACACCUCAUAGCGACCACACCAGUGGGUGGGUGGGUGCAGCCUGGGCACUGCACUGAACCCUUCCCCUCUCUCAUGCCCCUCUCUUGCUUGCCCACUCUCCCCAAGGAUCCUAGCCUUAAGGUCAACCCUCAAUUUGCUCAUAGCUACCCUGGCUGAACCCCUGUGGAGUGGGAGCCCUAGGCUCUAAUCCAGGCCUGGUGGCGUUGGGCCAGGCCAUCCCCCACAACUGUCAUGUUCUUAUCCUCAAAAAGGGAGUGAAGGAAGAGUAAAUAAAGCAAGGCAGCAAAUGCCUGUCCUACUUCUGCA